GAAUGGUACCAGUUUAGUCUGCUGUUGAUCGCGGUGCCGUGAACCACGGUCCUGUUCCUCUCGAGCGUGCAGUGAACAUAAACACGCCGAGGAUCCUCGGUGUCGCAAGUGCGAUAUUCACUCGAUAGGAUAAGGACAACGACCCUCUAAAGAUGAGCUGCAACUGUCCACUGUCGCCGUCGACUGGACCGACUCUGGCAUCGACAUGCGGGGGUCAGUCCUUCAUGCUCUUCAUGGGCCUCCUCGAGGUGUUCCUGCGGAGUCAAUGCGACCUCGAGGAUCCUUGCAACAGGCCCCUGCCGCCCAACACUGUCAAUUCCAGGUACGACUUCGUGGUGAUAGGAGGGGGGAGUGCCGGAGCAACCGUGGCGGCUAGACUGUCGGAGGAACCAAGAUUCUCGGUGUUGCUGCUGGAAGCUGGGUUGGACGAGCCAACUGGGACACAGAUACCGUCGUUUUUCUUCAAUUUCAUUGGAACUAAUAUCGAUUGGCAAUACAAUACCGAGAGCGAGGAAGGGGCGUGCCUGAACAAGGAGGACAGGAGAUGUUAUUGGCCCAGGGGGAAGGUGCUGGGAGGAACCAGCGUCAUGAAUGGAAUGACAUAUAUGCGGGGCUCGAGAAAGGAUUACGAUGACUGGGCCAGGCUUGGAAACGUGGGCUGGUCUUAUCAAGAUGUCCUUCCAUUUUUCAUUAGGAGCGAGGAUAAUCUUCAACCGAACACUAUGGAUUACGGUUAUCAUGGUGUCGGUGGACCUCUCACGGUCACGCAGUUUCCAUACCAUCCACCUCUGAGUUACGCCAUCCUCGAAGCUGGAAAGGAACUCGGAUACGGCACCGUGGAUCUGAAUGGUCGAACUCACACUGGAUUCGCAAUAGCGCAGACGACCUCGAGAAACGGUUCCCGACUGUCUACAGCCAGGGCAUUCCUGCGUCCUGCCAGGAAUCGCCCGAAUCUCCAUAUAAUGCUGAACUCCACGGCCACCAGGAUCCUUUUCGACAACAACAAAAGAGCUGUCGGCGUGGAGUUCGUCCACGACGAUAAGACUCAUCGCGUUUCCGUGGCCAAGGAAGUCGUCGUAAGCGGAGGCGCUGUGAACUCGCCACAAGUACUCCUGAACAGCGGCAUAGGACCACGCGGAGAUUUGAGUGCCGUUGGGGUUCCUGUCGUUCACGAUCUGCCAGGUGUUGGCAGAAACCUGCAUAAUCACGUCGCUUAUACAUUGGUCUUCACCAUCAACGACACCGACACAGCACCCCUCAAUUGGGCCACUGCGAUGGAGUACCUGCUCUUCAGGGAUGGCCUGAUGUCUGGCACAGGCAUCUCCGAGGUGACGGCGAUGAUAAACACGAAAUACGCGAACCCAAAGGAGGAUCAUCCGGAUAUUCAAUUAAUUUUUGGCGGUUACCUGGCGGACUGCGCGGAGACUGGCAUGGUGGGCGAGUCGAAGGGAGCUAAUCGCACGAUAUACGUAAUACCGACCUAUCUGCACCCAAAAAGUCGCGGUUACCUUCGUCUGAGGAACAACGAUCCUCUUUCCAAGCCUCUGAUCUAUCCGAAAUAUCUGAGCCACCCUGACGACGUGGCUGGCCUCGUCGAAGGUAUCAAAUUCAGCAUCAAGUUGGCAGAAACUGGAGCACUCAGCAGGUAUGGCUUCCAAUUGGACCGCACGCCUGUGAAGAACUGCGAACACCUGAAAUUCGGCUGCGACGCUUAUUGGGAAUGCGCAGUGAAACACGAGACGUCGCCAGAAAAUCACCAGGCAGGUUCCUGCAAGAUGGGCCCACCUGACGAUCCCAUGGCAGUGGUAGACAACCAAUUGAGAGUCAGAGGGGUCAGAGGUGUCCGCGUGGCCGACACCAGUGUCAUGCCGAUGGUGGUCUCGGGCAACACGAACGCUCCUGCCAUCAUGAUCGGCGAGAGGGCCGCUGACUUCAUCAAGAGGACCUGGAUAGGCUGAGGAAAUGCUAUCGUUCGCUGAAAGAAAUUUCUAAUCGUCCUGUUUGGUUUUCACGGCAACGAUUCUCGUCUCCUUAACGUGCAGUGAAUAUUCGAACUGUAGCGAGUGUUGGUCCACGCGAACAUCUUCCAAAUGGUAGAUGUCUGAAUGAUCUAUUUUGAUUACGUAAAAAUAUCUUGACACGUGUCGUAAAGGAAACUUGAUGAUUUCGAGGCAGAUUUAUGAAGUAAGGAAAUGAUUAAGUAAACGUGCAGACAUUCACGAAUAAACUUUUAAACCUUAAGUCUUUUACUGCAUUAAGUUAUCGUAAUAAAAUACAAGUAUGAUAUUAUUAUCAUAGAGUAUAUAGAGUACUGUGUAGAUAUAAUGUAGGAAGGAUAGGAAUAAAAUGAGAUGGUAACCGUGUAAUACUUUGAUACCUGUUGCAUGUUUAAUUAAUUCUAACCAUCAAGAAUUUCAAGCACAGGUAUGUAUGAGAAACAAUGCGCAUUUUACCAACUAUCACCUUGCUAUAAUUUCCAGGAGCCUAAAUACACAAUCCAGCAUUCGUCGUAAUACUUAUUUCUACAACCUCCGAAUGUCUCUUUUACCAAGACCUUGGUUGUUCAAGUUUAACUCCGAUGUUACCCUGAUUAUAUUUAUCAACGGAAACAACCGGUCGGUCCUUGGAACAUUGAAAAAUACGAUCCAUAAACUAUUUUAAGUGUCUCAAUAUCCUCGCGCGUUUUAUUACUUUCGGACGACGUAAACUUUCCACCUCGCCGCUUAAUCUCUUGCUUUUCCUUCGACUCGAUGUACUUCCCUAUUACCGAUUCCUUUUAUUCGGCGCUUCGGUCGAUAUUCGUCAUUGUUUACAGUUCGAAGCGUGGUUGUUGAAUCAGAGAUGGGCAGAAAUAAUAUUGGA